CUUGUUUCUCACACAGUUUUAGAGCUUCUUGUUUCUCACACAGCUUUAGAGCUUCUUGUUUCUCACGCAGCUUUAGAGCUUCUUGUUUCUUGUGGGCUUCAUCCUGACGUAAACAAGUUUAACUCUGCUCAAGGGCUUGCUUAUUGUGAGUGAGACGGUCAUGGAGUUCACAGAGAGCAGGUUCCCUCACCUGCUGCAGCCAAUCAGAGAGCUCACUAAGAACUGGGAGAUCGACGUGGCGUCGGAGCUCAACGACUACCUGGAAGAGCUGGACACCAUGUGCAUCACCUUCGAUGGCGGGAAGACCCGGCUGAACUUUGCAGAAGCGGCGCUGCUGAUCCAGGGCUCCGCCUGCAUCUACAGCAAGAAGGUGGAGCUGCUGCACAGCCUGGUCUACCAAACUCUGGAGUACAUCAACGACAGGAACAAGAAACGGAGCAAACAGACGGCCGAUUCUCAGGAGGACGAAGCAGCCGGAGCAGCAGGCGACCACAACGCUGAAUGUGUGUUCACUACGCUCGACAUUGAUGUCUCCAGGGACCCGAUGAAGGCCGACUCCAACACGACUGUGAGCGUUGCUCCUCUUCCUCCGGAGUCUCUGAUUGCUCUUGAAACUACGGAGAAGCAGAAGCUUCCGCUCAUCAGCGUGACGGGCGACGUCCUGUCCAGUCAGAAGGACUUCAGGAUCAACCUCUUCGUCCCGGGAGCCGAGGACAUGAUCCUCCUCACUCUGGGAUCCUCCAGGCUUCUGCUGGACCCUGCAGACCCCCUGCAGCAGAGAGGUGAGGAGGCUCCCGCUGAGGCUGCGGUUGCCGGUAUGGAAGAGCACGGAGGCGACACCGCGGAGGAUUUCCUUCCUUUAGAGGACGACAACAUGGAGCAGGACCAGGACCCAGAGGAGCACGUGGACCGACACCAGGCUCCGAGUGAAGAGCCGAUGAUCCGAGAGAGACGGCCAGUCAGAGAGACACCGGUGAGGACGGAGGAGACGCCGCCGGCUGUAGGUUAUCCGGUUCAUGUGGUUCAGGUGAACGUGUGGACGCUGAGUGACCCGUACGCCGUCCUCGAGGAGGACAAACCCUUCAGACCAGGAAAGUGUCACAAGGUCCCUGAAGGUCUGGAUGACGGAGGAAAGAGGAAACGGAGACGAGCCGCUUCGCUUCAGGACUUCAGGAGCUGGUUCAGAAGAACCUUUGACCCUCCGGAGCACAAGUUAAAGAAUGGACCAGCGUUUCCAGACUUGAACUACAUUUAUUUGAGCACAAUGAAAAACAAACUGAGGACUCAGAAGAGGAUCUACAGGAGAGCGGGGGUGGCGGUCUCUGAGGAAGAACUGAGGAGGACCUUCCUGCAGCUUGAGGAGGCGGGGCCACAUCAGCAGGGGGAGGAGCCUGUGGACGGAUUCAGACCCCCCGACCUGCUGGGUGGAGACGGCGACUCGGACAACGAACAGGAAGCGUUUCCAGACGACCUUUCACCUGAGUUUGCUGGAGGACCAGACUUCAUGUCAGCAGGCACUCAGAGAGACGAGCUGAGUUAUGAAGAUCUGGUGAAGCUGCGUGUGGAGCAGCUGGUGGUCACCUGUCGAGGUUACACUCAGGAGACAGCUCUGUCUCGCAGAGUCAAAGACUGGGAGGACAAGAUCCGACCUGAACUGGUGCUGCAGGAGCAGCGCUCGGUGUUCGACAUCCGUGAUUACGGAGAUCGCAUCGUCUCUGCGCUGAGCGGCGUCGGUCAGCGGAGGUCGUUCUCCUCCAUCGUGUCUGGACUCAACAACUAUGAAGCCUGUAAAUACCUGCUGGCCUCACUGCAGCUGGCCAACGACCUCACGGUGGAGCUGGACAGCGCUGGUCAUCUGGAGGCCGGCGUGGACACGCUGGGCCUGAAGCUGCUGAGCACGCAGAGAGCCACGGACCGGUUCAGGAGCGCCCCCACCUGAGUGUGUGUGUGUGUGUGUGUGUACUUUGAACUCUGGUGCGUCCCUCUGAAGGACAAAAUCUAAAGUCUAUAGAAAAAUCUGCCAUGAAAUGUACCAAAAUAAAUAUUGGCCUUAAUGUUUA